UGCCAGGUGGGCUACGCUGCUGGGGCGGCUGCGGAUUUCGCCUUAGGGACGCGUUGACACUCACUGGCUGGUCCGCUGCUCUCAGUCGGAGACCACGUUGCUUCGUUAGUCCUCAAAGAUGGGCGUGGGAAUUCUUGGUGGGAAGGAGAAUUUCGGAACGCGUGCUGUUCUCAGAGGAGGGAUGAGCGCCCAUAGAUGUUUGUGGCGAGUGCGCAAAAGUUCUCAUCUCUUCUUUGGAACAGUCUUUUCAACCAGUUGUGCGUUUCCAUCCCUGACUAUUCGGAUAAAGACAACUUUGAAGAGCUUUUUGUUUUAGGUUUAAUUCGUCCCGUUUAGUUCUUUGACUUUUAGGGGAAGGGAAUUUACUGAAUGGCCAACUGAGUUUCUUUUCUACAGGAAGGCGAUUGUGAAGCGGGUCUCAGAGGGGCUUGAUGUCCCCCACCCCUCACACGGAGACCUUGAAAGAGGUGUCCAGCUAUCCAUUACCAAGAAGAAAUCUAUUCGUUUGAGCCUGAAGAACUCUUUGAGGUAAAAAAUUAGAAUGAAAGAACCUUUGGAUGGUGAAUGUGGCAAAGCAGUGGUACCACAGCAGGAGCUUCUGGACAAAAUUAAAGAAGAACCAGACAAUGCUCAAGAGUAUGGAAGUGCCCAACAGCCAAAAAUUCAAGAAAGUGAAUUGAAAAUUAGUGGUGUGUUUUCAGUUAAUGAGAGACCUCUUGCCCAGCAGUUGAACCCAGGCUUUCAGCUUUCUUUUACAUCAUCUGGCCCAAGUGUAUUGCUUCCUUCAGUUCCAGCUGUUGCUAUUAAGGUUUUUUGUUCUGGUUGUAAAAAAAUGCUUUAUAAGGGCCAAACUGCAUAUCAUAAGACAGGAUCUACUCAGCUCUUCUGCUCCACACGAUGCAUCACCAGACAUUCUUCACCUGCCUGCCUGCCACCUCCUCCCAAGAAAACCUGCACAAACUGCUCGAAAGACAUUUUAAAUCCUAAGGAUGUGAUCACAACUCGCUUUGAGAAUUCCUCUCCUAGCAAAGAUUUCUGCAGCCAGUCAUGCUUGUCGUCUUAUGAGUUAAAGAAAAAACCUGUUGUUACCAUAUAUACCAAAAGCAUUUCAACUAAGUGCAGUAUGUGUCAGAAGAAUGCUGAUACUCGAUUUGAAGUUAAAUAUCAAAAUGUGGUACAUGGUCUUUGUAGUGAUGCCUGUUUUUCAAAAUUUCACUCUACAUACAACCUCACCAUGAACUGUUGUGAGAACUGUGGGAGCUAUUGCUAUAGUAGCUCUGGUCCUUGCCAAUCCCAGAAGGUUUUUAGUUCAACAAGUGUCACGGCAUACAAGCAGAAAAUGAGAUAUAUUCUGAUGGUGCGAGGGAUGAUUGUGAUGAAUUCAGCCCAGAUUCCUCCAUAUGCCCUGGGGAAGUCAUUGAGGCCCUCAGCUGAAAUGAUUGAGACUACAAAUGAUUCAGGAAAAACAGAGCUUUUCUGCUCUAUUAAUUGCUUAUCUGCUUACAGAGUUAAGACUGUUACUUCUUCAGGUGUCCAGGUUUCGUGUCAUAGUUGUAAAACCUCAGCAAUCCCUCAGUAUCACCUAGCCAUGUCAAAUGGAACUAUAUACAGCUUCUGCAGCUCCAGUUGUGUGGUCGCUUUCCAGAAUGUAUUUAACAAGCCAAAAGGAACAAACUCUUCAGCGAUGCCCCUGUCUCAGGGCCAAGUGGUUGUAAGCCCGCCCUCCUCCAGGUCAACAGUGUCAACAGGAGGAGGUAACACCUCUGCCGUUUCCUCCAGCUCCAUCCGUGGCUCUGCUGCAGCCAGCCUCCAACCUCUUGCUGAACAAUCCCAGCAAGUUGCUUUAACCCACACAGUUGUUAAACUCAAGUGUCAGCACUGUAAUCAUCUGUUUGCCACAAAACCAGAACUUCUUUUCUACAAGGGUAAAAUGUUUCUGUUUUGUGGCAAGAAUUGCUCUGAUGAAUACAAGAAGAAAAAUAAAGUUGUGGCAAUGUGUGACUACUGUAAACUGCAGAAAAUUAUAAAGGAGACUGUGCGAUUCUCAGGGGUUGACAAGCCAUUCUGUAGUGAAGUUUGCAAAUUCCUAUCUGCCCGUGACUUUGGAGAACGAUGGGGAAACUACUGUAAGAUGUGCAGCUAUUGUUCACAGACAUCCCCAAAUUUGGUAGAAAACCGAUUGGAGGGCAAGUUAGAAGAGUUUUGUUGUGAAGAUUGUAUGUCCAAAUUUACGGUUCUGUUUUAUCAGAUGGCCAAGUGUGAUGGUUGUAAACGACAGGGUAAACUAAGUGAGUCCAUAAAGUGGCGAGGCAACAUUAAACAUUUCUGUAACCUAUUUUGUGUCUUGGAGUUUUGUCAUCAGCAAAUUAUGAAUGACUGUCUUCCACAAAAUAAAGUAAAUAUUUCUAAAGCGAAAACUGCUGUGAUGGAGCUCCCUUCUGCAAGGACAGAUACAACACCAGUUAUAACCAGUGUGGUGUCAUUGGCAAAAAUACCUGCUGCCUUAUCUACAGGGAACACUAACAGUGUUUUAAAAGGUGCAGUUUCUAAAGAGGCAGCAAAGAUCAUUCAAGAUGAAAGUACACAGGCAGAUGCCAUGAAAUUUCCGUCUUCCCAAUCUUCCCAGCCUUCUAGGCUUUUAAAGAACAAAGGCAUAUCUUGCAAACCCGUCACACAGACCAAGGCCACUUCUUGCAAACCACAUACACAGCACAAAGAAUGUCAGACAGAUUUACCUAUGCCUAAUGAAAAAAAUGAUGCAGAACUUGAUUCUCCACCUUCAAAGAAAAAAAGAUUAGGUUUUUUCCAGACUUACGAUACAGAAUAUUUAAAAGUUGGUUUUAUUAUCUGUCCUGGAUCAAAAGAAAGUUCACCAAGGCCACAGUGUGUCAUUUGUGGAGAGAUCUUAUCCAGUGAAAACAUGAAGCCAGCAAAUCUUUCUCAUCAUUUGAAGACAAAACAUUCAGAAUUAGAAAACAAACCAGUAGAUUUUUUUGAACAAAAAUCUCUAGAAAUGGAAUGUCAAAAUAGUUCUAUAAAAAAGUGUUUACUAGUUGAAAAGUCACUUGUGAAAGCUUCUUAUUUAAUUGCUUUCCAAACUGCUGCAAGCAAGAAGCCAUUCUCCAUUGCUGAAGAAUUAAUUAAACCAUAUUUAGUAGAAAUGUGUUCAGAAGUUUUGGGUUCAAGUGCUGGAGACAAAAUGAAAACUAUCCCACUUUCUAAUGUUACAAUUCAACACAGGAUUGACGAACUAUCUGCAGACAUUGAAGACCAGCUGAUUCAAAAGGUCAGAGAGUCAAAGUGGUUUGCCCUGCAGAUAGAUGAGUCAUCAGAAAUCUCAGAUAUCACACUUCUUUUGUGCUAUAUUCGUUUCAUUGAUUAUGAUUGUCGUGAUGUAAAAGAAGAAUUAUUAUUUUGCAUUGAAAUGCCUACUCGAAUAACUGGUUUUGAAAUAUUUGAACUAAUAAAUAAAUAUAUUGAUAGUAAAUCUCUGAAUUGGAAACAUUGUGUUGGUCUCUGUACCGAUGGGGCUGCAAGCAUGACUGGCAGGUAUUCUGGUUUAAAAGCAAAAAUUCAAGAAGUUGCCAUGAAUACAGCAGCAUUUACACAUUGUUUUAUUCACCGUGAACGUUUAGUGGCAGAAAAGUUGUCUCCAUGUUUACAUAAAAUUCUUUUGCAGUCAGCACAAAUUCUAAGUUUUAUAAAGAGCAAUGCAUUGAAUUCACGUAUGUUAACAAUUUUGUGUGAAGAGAUGGGAUCUGAGCAUGUGAGUUUACCGCUUCAUGCUGAAGUACGUUGGAUAUCAAGAGGGAGAAUGUUAAAAAGAUUAUUUGAAUUACGACAUGAGAUUGAAAUAUUUUUAAGUCAAAAGCAUUCAGAUUUGACCAAGUAUUUUCAUGAUGAGGAAUGGGUUGCAAAGCUGGCCUACUUAUCAGAUAUAUUUUCACUUAUAAAUGAAUUAAAUUUAAGUCUCCAAGGAACUUUGACUACUUUCUUCAAUUUGUGUAAUAAAAUUGAUGUAUUUAAGAGAAAGUUAAAAAUGUGGUUGAAGCGCACACAAGAGAAUGACUAUGACAUGUUCCCUUCAUUUUCUGAAUUCUCAAAUUCAUCAGGCUUAAAUAUGACAGAGAUCACAAGGAUUAUUUUUGAGCACCUGGAAGGACUUUCUCAAGUGUUCAGUGACUGUUUUCCACCAGAACAAGACUUGCGUUCAGGAAAUUUGUGGAUAAUUAACCCUUUUAUGAAUCACCAAAAUAAUAAUCUCACCGACUUCGAAGAAGAAAAGCUAACACAGCUAUCUUCAGAUUUAGGAUUACAAUCAGUAUUUAAAUCAGUGUCUGUAACUCAGUUUUGGAUAAAUGCAAAGACAAGUUACCCAGAACUCCAUGAAAGGGCAAUGAAAUUUUUAUUACCCUUUUCAACUGUUUAUUUAUGUGAUGCUGCCUUUUCAGCUUUGACUGAGUCAAAACAAAGAAAUCUGUUGGUUUCUGGCCCUGCCCUAAGACUUGCAGUCACAUCUUUAAUUCCAAGGAUAGAAAAAUUAAUGAAGGAAAAAGAGUAGCAAUAUGCACAUUGCUUAAUAGCGAAGUCAAUAAUCUCGUGUUUUGUAUAAGUAUCCUAAAAGAUAAUUUCCUAAUGUGGAUUUGUGUUUUCAGUGAUUAAAUGUUUUAAUAAUUUUUC